CCCUUCAUCCACCAACUCCGCAGCCCGCCAAGCUACCUAUCUGCUUGUUUUUCAUGUUCUCCGCGCUGUGAUGCUGCUACCAGCGACGCGUCCUAAGCAGCCCGAUUUUCUGCUGUUAUUCAUCAGAAGAAUCUACCUUUCCAGCUAUUCAAAAAGAAAACCCCUGCAUUUCUUCUCCUCCCCUUCUUCUUCUUCCUCUACACGAAAGAGAAGGAAAAAAAAAGGGGCAACUGCGCUCCUCCGCCUCUGCACGGAGAUGAGGAGGUUUAGGGUUCGUCCUCCAUGGCAGCUCCCGGCUGCCCUGCGCUUCCCUCCCUCCCGCCGCCUCCACGCCUCCUCCACCAACUCCGGCGACUCCGCCGCCCGCCAAGGCAAAUUCCUUUUACCUGGUGCUUCGGCAGCAGCUCUUCUCAUGCUUGGUGUUCUACAUGCUAAGCGUAUGUACGAUGACAAAAAGCUUGUCGAAAGGAAGGAGAAAGGAAUUGAGCCAGAAUUCUCGCCAGAUCUGAAGGCUUCAUUUUUUAGGCUUCUGCCAUUGCGUUCGAUGUCACGGUUAUGGGGAUCCUUGAUGGAAGUGGAAGUUCCAGUGUUCAUGCGUCCUGUUAUCUACAAAGCAUGGGCUCGAGCAUUUCACUCCAAUUUGCAAGAAUCUGCUCUGCCCCUAGAAGAAUAUCCUUCUUUACAGGCAUUCUUCAUCCGCAGUCUUAAAGAAGGAUCAAGGCCUAUUGAUCCAGAUCCAAACUGCCUGGUGAGUCCUGUCGAUGGUAAAGUUUUGCGGCUUGGGCAACUCAGGGGUCCAGGAACCAUGAUUGAACAAGUCAAAGGCUUUUCUUACCCUGUUUCUUCUCUUCUUGGUGCAAGUUCAUCGCUUCAUGAUACCACAGAAAAGGAUUUUUCUGAAGAGCAAACAGAAGAAAACGUGUCUGAGGGCUCAAAUGCGAAAUCGUGGUGGCGAGUAUCAGUGGCUUCACCUAAACUACGGGAUCGAACGCGACUGAGCCCAAAGAGAGGGAUCUUUUAUUGUGUCCUCUAUUUACACCCUGGUGAUUACCAUCGAGUUCACUCUCCUGUUGAUUGGAGUAUUUCCAAACGUCGGCAUUUCUCAGGCAAUCUUUUCCCGACAAAUGAGCGUGCUGUGAGGACUAUCAGAAACCUGUAUGUUGAGAAUGAAAGGGUUGUACUUGAAGGUCAAUGGAAAGAAGGUUUUGUUGCAGUUGCAGCAGUUGGUGCUACGAAUGUUGGAUCUAUCAAGCUAUUCAUCGAACCGGAGUUGAGAACAAACAGCAGUCCAGGGUCAAGGAUACUCCAGUCCCAGCCUCCCGAUGAGCGCUUUUAUGGACCUGAAGGCACUGGUGUGAUGGUUAAAAAGGGACAAGAGAUAGCAGGAUUCAACAUGGGGUCGACAGUGGUCCUCGUGUUCGAAGCACCGUUGUCCAAGAAGGCAAUGGAGGACGGCAUGCCCACGUCGGAUUUCGGUUUCUGCGUCAAGGCUGGCGAUAGGAUCAGGGUAGGAGAAGCCAUUGGGCGAUGGAGCUGAUCCUAGCAUAGCAUCGGUCUAGUUAGUUGCAUGGUAGGAUCGAGUAGCCCCUUGUUAUUGUUUCCAGUUUGGGCGUUUGCAACUCGUGUUGGGAGUGAUUUUUUUGGGUAUGGAAUGGAAUGGUGGUAGUUUAGAGAGCAGUAUGAUGAAGGUGAAGAAAAGAGAUGACAUGAUAUGAAUUCUGAGGAACAUUUUUCACCUGCACCCUUAGAUAGUUGGCAAAAUUUGUCCAGAACAUGAGACCUAUGCUAUCAAGUACCAACGCGUUAGCAUUUCUAA